AGUAGCUCUAUUCUAAGCCAGUUCAUGCUAGAUAGAAUUUUUUUUUUAACAAAGUGGAGUUAGUUCCUUGGAUUGGAUUCAAGGUUUUUGCUUUGGGGAAGAAUUGAGUCCACAGUAGGAAGGCAAAGACAUCCAAGCGAAGCCUGGCCUGUGUGUGCCCCAAGAACUAACUUGCAGUCAAGUUCUCAGUCUCUGAGUGGGUGGCCAGUCUCCCCUCACGCCCAGCCCACGCUGCCCUGAACAAAGCUUUUUCCAGCCCGAAUUUUUGUCUCAGUCAUUCCACAAGCAAGUAAACAGCCACUUGCUUGCCACCUGGCGAGGAGGGACUGGGCUUGGCUAGGCUGUGUAGUGACCUCUUUUCAGUUCCUGCGGUUCAUCAGUGACCUGGCUUCGAGCUUGGCAUCCAGAAAAGGCGGAAGGUUCCUUACUGAAAGCAGGACCAGACACCACAUCUUCCUCGGCCAGCCAUCUCCCUGAGAAGCCAGCAGCCCGUGUCCUGGGACCCACCAGCAGAAUAAUGUCCAGCCAGGAUUUGAGUAUUACAGCAAAACUCAUCAAUGGAGGUGUGGCAGGGCUUGUUGGGGUGACCUGUGUGUUCCCCAUCGACUUGGCCAAGACUCGGCUGCAGAAUCAACAUGGAAAAGAUAUCUACAAAGGAAUGAUAGACUGCCUGAUGAAAACUGCCAGGGCGGAGGGCUUCUUGGGCAUGUACCGAGGGGCUGCAGUGAACCUGACCUUGGUCACUCCAGAGAAGGCCAUCAAGCUGGCAGCCAAUGACUUCUUCCGGCAGCUGCUAAUGGAGGAUGGGAUGCAGCGGAACCUGAAGAUGGAGAUGCUAGCCGGAUGUGGAGCUGGGAUGUGCCAGGUGGUGGUCACCUGUCCCAUGGAAAUGCUCAAGAUUCAGCUGCAGGAUGCUGGCCGCUUGGCGGUCCAUCGUCAGGGCUCAGCCUCGGCACCCCCCUCCAGGUCCUACACUACCCGCUCGGCUCCCAUGCACAAGCGCCCGUCUGCCACACGUAUUGCCUGGGAACUACUUCACACCCAGGGCCUGGCUGGUCUCUAUAAGGGUCUGGGUGCCACUCUCCUCAGAGACAUUCCCUUCUCCAUCAUCUACUUCCCACUAUUUGCCAACCUUAACAACCUCGGGUUCAACGAGCGGACCGGGAAGGCCUCCUUUGUUCAUUCCUUUAUGUCAGGCUGUGUUGCAGGUUCCGUAGCCGCUGUCACAGUGACACCUCUGGACGUUUUGAAAACUCGAAUCCAAACCCUCAAAAAAGGCCUGGGUGAGGACAGCUACACCGGGAUCACCGACUGCGCCAGGAAAAUCUGGACUCAGGAGGGACCAUCUGCCCUCAUGAAAGGAGCAGGCUGCCGGGCCCUGGUCAUAGCCCCUCUCUUUGGGAUCGCCCAAGGGGUCUACUUCAUUGGUAUUGGAGAGCGGAUCUUAAAGUGUUUCGAGUAGAGACAGCUGGACAGCUCAAGUCCCUUUACUUGCUGCCAGCUCUCUAGCACAUUCUACUUAGAGAGGGAUGAGCAAGACGCCCCCCAUGUCAUCCUGUCCUCUAACCUGUAGUGCUACCUCACUCUCUCCCUUUGUGACGUCCGCAUCCAUUUUUUGGUGGGGUUAUAGUCACCAGGGAGCUUCAGAAGCCCCUAAUCACCUACCUUUCAACGGCAAACAUAGUAUGUGCGUGGGGUGUAUUAACUGCGGGACCCUAACACACAGUAAGAUAGAGGGGUGGUUUCUCCAUUUUACAUUUCUACUUGACACUCAAACUCCGCACACUUGAGUCAGUUUGAAGACUUAGUGUUAAUUCUGAAUUAAAUAGCUUAUGGUUAGUUCUAGCACUGGUUUGGGGGAAAAGGAAGAUCAGAAGUUCAAGGGGACCAUGAAAGCCCUCAAAGUCAGCACCUCGUUUGAAACCAAGCAGAUCUUUUCAAGUUGUGGCUAGCAGAGGCAUCAGGCUGACUCUGAGUGGCCUGGGCAUCAGGGCGGCUGUCCUGGCCGGCAAAUCCUCCCUGUGCCGCACAGGCUCUCACAGAACAAUGUCCAUGGAACAUGGUUUUAAAUAAAAUUGAUUAAACUCUC